ACAUAGGCUUUACAUUUACGGCUACAGCAACCGUGUGCGAAAGUACUCGCUCCUGCCGGUCCUUGGUAUAGUCUUAUUUUGCGUUAUCUUAAGGAUCACAAGGAUAUAACAUGUUUCGCCUGGUAUCCCGGCAGAGACUCGGUCAAUUUCGUCAAUUUCACAAAUGCCUAGCUCAACAAGCGGAAACGAGCGCGGCGACAGCGAGCACAGUGCAAGCAGCACCGCCGUCGAGUGUCGACGACCCGGUCGAUCCGAAAAUUGAUAAGAUAGCUAACGAUAUCACCGCUCUCAACCUAAUAGAAGUAGCGGAACUCAGUGAUCUAUUAAAGAAGAGGCUGAAUCUUCCAGACGCACCCAUCAUGCCCAUGGGAGGAUUUGCAGCUGCGUCGGUUGAGGAGGUAGAAAAAGAACCACCAAAGAAAGUACAAACAUCAUUCUCUGUUAAGUUGAUGGCAUUCGAUGAGAAACAGAAGAUAGCUUUAAUCAAAGAAGUAAAGAAUCAGAUGCCAGAUACAAAUCUCGUUCAGGCCAAGAAGUUUGUCGAGAGUGCUCCUAUAAUAGUGCAAGCUGAUAUGUCAAAAGAAGAUGCGGAGAAAUUGAAAGAGGCAUUUGUGAAGGUUGGUGCCACAAUCGAGAUUGUAUAAAUUGUACUUGCAAAUAUAUAUAUAUAUAUAUGUUAUACUUCUUCGCGCUCGUACGUAAUUGAAAUUAUAUCAAUUUAUUGCACCUUUCUGAUGCUCUCCUAUAUUAUAAAAUACAGAAUUGUAUAACAUA